AUUAAUAAUAUGAUAGUAUAUAGUCUCGGUUGAUAGCAUUACAACUUUAAAUCAUUGGUUUUUAAAUCGGACAUAUAUUUCGUUUGACACAAUCUAUAUCUAAACCGACUUAAUAAAUAUGGAUAAGGGAUCACCAAAUCCACAGUCGCAGCCUCAACAACAGUACGGCCAACCUCCACAGCAGUAUGGUCAGCCUCCACAACAGUAUGGUCAGCCUCCACAACAGUAUGGUCAGCCUCCACAGCAGUAUGGUCAACCGCCACAGCAGCAUGGUCAACCUCCACAGCAGUAUGGUCAACCGCCACAGCAGCAUGGCCAACCGCCACAGCAGUAUGGUCAACAACCCCAACAGCAUGUCCAACCUCCAAACCAGUACGGCCAGCCUCCACCAGCUUACGGUGGUGGGCAGCAGCAACAGACGUCAACAGUUGUGGUUGGACAGCCGCAGACUUUAGUGUUACAACAAACAUACAGAGAUUCACCAGUACGUACGACGUGUUCAUCAUGCAAUGCAGAUGUAAUGACAGCCAUUUCAUUUGAAGUAGGAACGAUGGCUUGGAUAGUGGCGGGAUGUCUCUGUAUAUUUGGAUUUUGGCUUUGUUGUUUUAUUCCAUUCUGUGUUGACGGCUGUAAGGAUGUUGUUCACACUUGUCCAAACUGUAACCAUAUGGUGGGAAGGUUCAACAGAAUGUGAUAAAAUGACAAUGUUUUAAAACACAGCACCAGAGCAUUUAUAUUUUAUAAUAUGAAUGAACAGUAUAAAUUAAGAGCGCUAGCAAGCUUUUAGACAAUUGUAUUAACGUAUAUGGACAUUUCUUUAAAUAAAAGCAAUUAUAAUUU